AUGCUGGAUAAAUUGACUGGUGUGUUUGCUGCUUGUCCAUCCACCGGUCCCCAAAAGCUGAGAGAGUGUCUGCCUCAUAUUUUCCUGAGGAACAGAUUUAAGUAUGCCCUGACAGGAGAUGAAGUAAAGAAGAUUUGCAUGCAGUGGUUCAUUAAGGUAGAUGGCAAGGUUCGAACUGAUAUAACCUACCCUACUGGAUUUAUGGAUGUCAUCAGCAUUGACAAGAUGGGAGAGGGUUUCCGUCUGAUCUAUGGCAUCAAUUGUCACUUUGCUGUACAUCAUGUUACACCUGAGGAAGUCAACUACAAGUUAUGCAAAAUGAGAAAAAUCUUUGUGUGCACAAAAGGAAUCUCUCACCUGGUGAUUCAUGAUGCUCACACUAUCUGCCACCCUGAUUCCCUCAUUAAGGUGAACGACACCAUUCAGAUUGAUUUGGAGACUGGCAAGAUCACUGCUUUGAAGUUCAACACUGGUAACCUGUGUUUGGUGACUGGAGGUGCUAACUGGGGAAGAAUUGGUGUGAUCACCAACAGAGAGAGGCACCCUGGAUCUUUUGACAUGAUUCACGUGAAAGAUGCCAACAGCAACAGCUUUUCCAUCAUUUUUGUUGUUGACAAGGGCAACAAACCAUGGAUUUCUCUUCCCUGA